AUGGAUACUACUAAACACAGGUAUAGAAGCGCAAGAAGUGCUAGGAGAGUUGAGCAAACUCCUGAUAAAGAGCCAGGAAUUAAAAGUAGCAAGAUUGAGUAUUUGACAAAAUCCUUCCUGAAGGUUAAUAAGUCUCCCCCAAGAUUCACCACUAAGGAAGAGAUGGAAAGAAGAGAAGAAGAUGAAAUUUGUCCAAAGUAUGGGCAUCCUAUUAUUGCAUAUGAAGAAGAUGAUGGAACCACUCUUUGUGAAAAAUGUAUCUAUCACGGAAACGUGAGAAAGCCCGUCUUCACAGCCACUGUGGCUAAUCAGAUCAAGAAAAGAUUCGAUCAGGAGUUUGGCAUCUUUGAAGAGCUCUGUGAGAAACUAACUUCUCUCAACCCAAGAGAGGUAAGGAACGAAAUUCAAGGAUCUAUUACAACCUUCUUUGAUGCAAUCAGAGACAAAUGUGAUGAAUUGGAAGAAAAAGUAGUCGCUAAGGUUGAGAACUCCAAGAAUUUGAACAGAUUAUUCUCUAUCCUCAAUGAUACUCACCACUACAUGGACCAUAAUUGCGUUGCAGAAAAAUUUGAUUCAGAGGCAAACCACCUUGAUAAUAAGAUCUCAGAGACAAGAUAUACCUAUAUCUGUCAGAGAAAGCAGCAUUAUGAUGAUGUUAUUGAACAGAUUUCCUCUGACAACCAAAAGCUUUCCGAUUCUGUUGAAGAGGCAGACAAGAUGAUCAGGACUAUCUUUGAGCUAACCCAUGGUCAUGAAGACUCUCUCAUCCAGACCACUUUGAAUGAGCUCAUUAGCAAAUCGAUGAAGAUUGAUAAGAAACACCCAGAUUUUACUAAUCUGGAAGAUCUUGAGAGGAGAGCCAGACACACUGAUAUCCUCAACCAGAGUAAAGAAGAGACCAAGGAAGGCAAUGGAGCCAUCAAGCACGAAGUCGAGUUUAGUGCUACAGAGCGCAAGGAUGGCAAUUGGAAGGCUGAAGAGAUGACAGAGAUAUACAGCAACAAGGAAGGCACUCUGUAUAAGAGAUGUCUUGAAGAAGGGAAAGUAGUUGAGACUCAGAUCAUGGACCUCAAACUUCACCUCCAGAAAGUGAUGACUGUUCCUUCUGGAAAAUCAAGUAGAGUCUUUCUUAUGGGAGGAGCAAAGGAUAUUGAAGGUAAAUCAGCUGUUAAUCACUGCUUUGAAGUAAACUUAAGCAAAAAGGCAACCACAAAAGUUGAUAGUUUGCCUAAGGCUAAACUUUCCUUUGCAGCAACACUAUCUCCAGAUGCUAAGAAUAUAUAUAUUGCAGGAGGAUCUACUGGUGAAAACAGGGCUACUGAUGAAUGUGAAUGCUUUAAUAUUUCCAAGAAGAAAUGGUCUCCUCUUCCAUCAAUGAUCCAGGCAAGGUUCUCAUCCUCACUGAUUGUUUGUGAGAACACUGACUUAUAUUGUUUUGGUGGAGUAGAUAAUGGAGCCUCUGAUCCAACAAGAUUCCCUUCGUUGAAAAGUAUAGAAACUUUAGAUCUAACUGAGAAGGAUGCUAAAUGGAAAGCUUUAAACAUUUCUUUGCCAUUCAAGACGACAAGUCCAGGAGCUAUAAGUUUAGGGCAUAGAGCCUUUGUAAUCUUCGGGGGUUGGAACAAAGACCUGCUCACCAACUCAACAAUAGUAAGACAAACCUCAAAAGAUGGGGAGUAUGGCAUCGAAGAGUCAGGAGAUAUGAAGAAGGGUGACGUUUUCGUGUCCAAUGGAGCAGUCUCUAGAAAUGCUACCACUAAAGAGAUCAUUGCCUUUGGGAGCUCUCACACUCAUGCGUAUGACCAAGAGAAGAAAACUUUCCAAUUAAUUGAAUAA